CCCUCAGCGCCAGUGUGUGCCGUUUGAAGUACCGGAGAAAGAAGCGGAGAGGAGCUCGUCUGACCUCCUACUAUUGGGCGUAAAUCGUUCAUCUGUGCCAUCAAACCUUUCUCGCCAGCUUACUCAUUCCCUCACUCUCGGAACGAGAGGGGAACGUCUCUGUUACAGAAACUAAGAGGGAGUCAUCGGGUAAAAGGCGAAGACUUUUGAGACUUUGGAGUUCUUGAAUUGGAGAUGUGUUUCGGUGAUGCCUUUUUUCCAUAAAGUCCAGUAAAAUAGCGGUAAUUGUUUGGAUCCGCAUGACACUGUCUGAACUACGGAUGAAGAAAUCAAAAUCGAUCUAUUUGUCGAGCACAGAGUGAUUGUUUAUGGUCAAGACUUAACCCAUGUUGGUUAUAGGUAGAGGAUAUCUUGGGUUUCGUCAGUUUGCGUCAUGACUUCCAGCUAUGCUCAUGUAAUGGACAGACAAGCCACGCUACCUAACCGACUGGAGAGUCCGAUCACCGCAAAUCAGGAUCAUUUACAGGCGAAGAAGAACUUUUCCGUGAGCCACCUGUUGGAUCUGGAGGAGGCGCGGGAGAUGGUGGGAGCUCAAGCGGAGGAGAGCGCAGGAGAGGCGGGCAGGAGUAUGCUGGAGUCUCCGGGGCUGACCAGCGGCAGCGACACGACACUGCAGGAGAAUGAGCAACUCAACUCAGAGGAGAAGAAAAAGCGUAAACAGAGGCGGAAUAGGACCACGUUCAACAGCAGCCAACUGCAGGCCUUAGAGAGAGUGUUUGAGAGGACGCACUACCCCGACGCUUUUGUCAGGGAGGACUUAGCACGCCGGGUCAACCUCACUGAAGCUCGAGUGCAGGUGUGGUUUCAAAAUCGGCGGGCUAAGUUUCGGCGAAAUGAACGUGCAAUGCUGGCCAGUAAAAAUGCCUCAUUGCUCAAGUCUUUCUCAGGAGAAGUAACAGCCGUAGAGCAGCCCAUUGUCCCACGACCCGCUCCUAGACCCAAUGACUACCUGUCCUGGGGCAGCUCACCAUCCUAUAGCGCCAUGGCAACUUAUUCUCCAUCAUGCGCUGCCAACAACACAGCCCAGGGCAUGAAUAUGGCCAACAGUAUCGCCAACCUGAGACUGAAGGCCAAAGAAUACAGCCUGAACCAGGUACCCACCGUCAACUGAAGCGGACAGCAGGGCUGUCAGAGACUCAUGUCAGAGAACAAUCCUGACGUCCCGACAAAACUGGCCCCGUACUAUUGACAUAACUGUUGUUUUCUGUCCUCUUAUAUGUGUUUACUCUUAUCCAUCGAGAAUAAGAAGCAAAGGAGAAUUUCUUCAAGGUACAGAGCUUUCCUAAACCAAUGAUUUACAUAAGGCUGUCAUGUUCUUGGCAUGUGGGAAAAUGACAUGUGGGAAAAUUCAGUUUUGGAAAGCACAAAAUGGAAACUUUCUCUGUUCACACUCACUGUGGCAGCAUGAGUGUGGUCAUCCCGAUUGAAGACCGUGGCUUACUAUAGAUUGCUUUCUCGAGACCGUUGCUGACCACAGGGAUUUGAUGACCUCUGUGGAAUCCAUAUACUACAAUCUUGUGGACAUCUGGGAAGUUUUUAGGAUUUCCCCUUGAUUUCUCCUUGGAACUCAUAAAUAUGCACUGAGGCCACAAAUUAGGAUUUGGAUAUUUUGAUUAUUUGGAACCGGGUGAAAUUUGGCUUCCUUGUUACCGUACACUAAAAUCACUCCUCACUGUUUUCAUUUUAAAACAUGCCGGGGUUAUUUGUUCAUUUUGGCAUAUACAGAACUCUAGCCAUGUAUGUAAGCAAUGAAUUUGGAGCCUAGUUGAUUUUACCCUUUUAUAUUGUCUAAAUAUAUCUAAACAUGUAAUAUUCCUUUGCAAUAAAGAUGUCCAAGCAGUGUAACAACAUUGCGUUUCAGGGUUAGAGUGUCCUCGAACGUCUUUAUGGCCUGCCAGAGAACACUGCAGCAAUUCGACUAUGUUUUUACCACAACUGUGCUCAUUAUUGAACAUAAUAUAGUCUGCUCUUAUUCUCCGGUUUGUUCUGUUGCUGGCAUAUCAGAUAUGAAAUCCCUUUACAUUAUGUACUUAUAGCCUUGGAGGAAGUGUUUUAGAAUGAAAAGCGUACUCUCACUCACUAUCGGCCCAUUUAAUUUACGCCAUUACGCAAUAGAAAGCAGGUGAAAUCAUUCAGAAACCCAAGAGUAGUGAGUUAGAGAUGCGAGCGCAGAUUUUACAUGUGCUUUUCCAAAGCUAAACUUCUCAAAGUGUGUUUGUAGGCUCCCAUAGAUGGUUAUUACUCUUUCCUCCUCUCUGUGUGAACAUUUACCUUUAAACUGUAAAAUAACUCUUCGUCGGGACUCCUGGGGGCUUCGUGAGAAACAGCAGAAAGCUUUGCAAAAAUUCCUGCGGCGCUUUUCCUCUCCACCCGUUUUCCACUCCACUUCGGCCUUUUCUAAGGUACACAGGGCAAAGUAAGGAAAUGACCAAAUUUAGCUAAUCAAACUGGCCAUUUACAAUGAGAUCCAAACACUUCUAGCGCUGUUGUUCUUCCCCUGCCAGCUAUCGUUCCAUUAAAGUGCUUGUGUAUUUGCUUUGGAUUUGAAAAGGUUUUAAAGUUUGAAGAGAAAAAUCAGCUGACAGGAGCGUUUUGUGCGUUUUACUACCUGAUGAUGGAAUUUUUGGUGUCGCGUGGUGAACUUUGAUUCCUUUAAGCAGUCUUCAGGCCCGGCGCUGUUAAAUUUUUGUUAAACAGGAAUGUUUACUUUCAAAACAGUCUGUUUAUGGCACAGGAAGCGAUCGUUUGAGUUUAAGUGGCCGCGGGCUGUUUUUGAACGGCUGACACUGGCUUGUUUAUGUACCUGAUGGCUCCCUUGGUCUGCUGAUUACAUGUGACCUCGAGUGACCUCAGAGACAGUCAAUUGGAGGAAGGGGGUGAGCCGGUGA